AUGGCGGCGAGAGGAGGAGCUUUGCUAAAGUACCUAAGAGUGAACGUACAGGCCAUACCCACUACUAGAAACCCUAACAAAAACGGCCUCUUCGAUCUCUCCUUCAAUGCCAUAUGCCGCCGUUUCUCCGAGGAAGUUAGAGGCACCUUCCUUGACAGGUCUGAGGUCACCGAUCGAGUCGUCAAUGUUGUCAAGAACUUCCAGAAAGUUGAUCCUUCCAAGGUUACGCCAAAUGCCCAUUUCCAAAAUGAUCUUGGGUUAGAUAGUUUAGACACUGUUGAGAUUGUGAUGGCCCUUGAAGAAGAGUUUCAGUUUGAGAUCCCAGAUAGUGAAGCAGACAAGAUCAAUACCAUCAAUCUUGCCAUUGACUUCAUAUCUUCACACCCUCAAGCGAAGUAG